AUGCACGGCGCAUCCUGCGCGGUGGCCUCCGUGCUGUUGGUCGCCACGGCAGAGCCCUGGCCUCCGCAGGUGUCGGUCAACGCGACGCUGCUAGUGGCGGGGCUGAUCCGCAACGGUGAGGACGAUGCUUUUCUAGUUGAGUGUGAUGUCUUUUGGUUUGGUGGAUUUUGUUGGCAUCGUUUGUUUUUCGUUGGGAAGGGUCUCAGUCUCUUGGAAGAUUUAACAAGCAGUAUUGGCCAAUCUUUGGUGGAGACGCGGCUUGAGGAGUUUUUGCCCAAGCUUCAGACAAAGGUCGAAGGAUGGGGACGCUUCUUUGAAGAAGUGCACGUGGUGCUCGUGGAGAACGACUCCACGGACGGCACCCAUGCCUUCCUUGUGGCGUGGGCGAAGGAGCUAAAGAGACGAAGGAGCUCCCGAGCCUCCCGGGUCUCUCUGCACCUGAUCUCCAAAAGCUUCAGGGAUGAUCCGAACGUGGGCCACUACCAAACUCGUGCAGACUUGAAGAUGAAGGGCUGGGUCAUGAUGGGGUCCGGUUUCUGGCGAAGCUUCGGAACCUCUACUUGCGGAAGCUGCGAGCGCUCUACGUGCCGAAGGUGA